ACGCAUGUUCAGUGUUAGCUAAGAUAAGGCUUUGCCUUUUUUUUGUAACUAAACUCGGGUGUAUGAGUUCGAAACUAAGUUAAAAAGUGGGCGUUUGAAAUAUUUCUUUUAACGUUACAGCUGUUGUGCUGAUGCAGUUUCGUAAACCUUUUCUGCAAGAGUCCUUUCGCCGCUUUUACUCGUUUUUUUUUUCUGGUGGGCUAGCGUAAUUUGUUAGUGUCAAGUGUUGCUGUUGUCAGCUGUAACUUAGCAGCCAAAGCAUCACACCAUGGAUCCUCAGGAUGCCUCUUUACUGUCAUUUUAACUUGUUUGUAGCCUAACUAUGUCCUCUAACAUAUUUAAUCCAUUUUACUGAGCGAGGUAAACUGAUAACAGACGUGAAUUAGCCAGUGUUUAGUUGGCUAAUUCACGAAAACGAGUGGAGUUGCUCGGCUUUCAAUUUAUUGUAGUAGUUUGUGAAAUAGCUACCAGCUAACGUACAGGCAAAUUCAAAUAGCUAAUCUGAUAGCGUUAAUACAAAGAAUAAGGCACACUAUGAUUAACACAGCAGUCUUUAGUCACAGCUUCCCAACUAUAGUGAGCUAGCCAACAACUAAUACUGUGUUUUUAGCGCUCCUAGUUAAAUCUUUACAAUCACGCUAUUGCAAAGAUGCCUGCUGCUUUUGAGUGGGAUAAAGUAACGAAAAUUGACCUAGCGACCCUUGAUGCACGUCCAAAAGAAAACGUGGACGAGCUCAUUGGCAUGUUUCUUUCGGUAGAGGAAUGGGAUGUGAAGGAUAAAGCUCCGGAGAAAAUGAUUAAAGUCCUCAAAGUCUUUCAGACUCUACUCCAGCGUCUGGAUAAAGAAAUUGAUAUUCAUGACAAGUUCCUCAAACAAACUGGUGCAGAUCAUGCUAAAAUCGAAAAGGAACUCCUUUUGAAGGUGUCGAGGCUGGAACAAGAGCUCAAGCACUCCGCCACUGGGCCAGACACCCGCUUUCUAAGAGAUGAGAUUUGGCAGCUCGAGACCCAGCUGGACCAAAGGGAGAAGGAGUUGACCCAGUUAAAGAAAGACAUGGGCAAGGAAAAGACAAUCAAUGAGGAGUUGGUUGCGCGAGCAGAAGAGGCGGAGGAUGAGGUCAAGAAGCUGAAAAGAGAGAAUGAGCAGCUCCAGCAGGAUGUGGACUUCUAUCGUGGAGAGCUGGACCAAAAGGAGCCCCUCUUGUCCAGAGAUGAGAACACAGAGAUCCAGAGAAAGCUCAGCUUGGCCAACCGCCAGCUCUACCAGUGCUUGGAUGACCUUCAGCGAGCAGAGGAUGAAAACAUACAUCUGAAGACACUGAGUGAGCAGAUGCAGAAAAGUUUGGAGGAGUCUGUGAAGGAGAUGGAGAAGAUGACAGAUGAGUACAACAAGAUGAAGAUUGUUGUACAGCAGACUGACUCCAUUGUGGACCAGCUCAGGAAAGAGAGGGAUCAUGCAAAGCUGCAAGUCAGAGAGUUAACAGAUAAGAUUCAUAGCAUGACUGAAGAGAAUGACCCAAUAAUGGCAGUGGUCAAUGCCAAAGUGGAGGAGUGGAAGAGAGUGCUCUCUGGGAAGGAUGAUGAAAUUUUGGUGUACCAGCAGAUGAUCCGUGACCUGAGAGAAAAGCUGCGUUCAGCCCAGUUGGACCUGGACAAAAGCAACAUCAUUGCCUUGCAGCAGUCUGUCCGGGAGAAAGACAAUCAAAUCAAGAUGCUGAGUGAGCAGGUGGAGCAGUAUACAGGGGAAAUGGAGAAACACACUCUGCUCAUUGAUGAGCUAAAGACAUCUACAAAGAAAGACAGAGGCCUACCAUCGAGCAUACAGCAGAAAAAGAUGGAAGAGCUGAAAUCAAAGCUGGAAGCUGCAGAGACCAGAGCAGUGGAAGCAGAGCAGGCGCUAAAGCUUGCAGAAGAUCAUGCUGAGGAAAAAGACAAAGCACUCAUUGAGGCUUCAAACCGCUUGAGCCAGUACGAGUCUGGCGUUUAUGGCUUGGAAUCAGCCAUUGCGGAGAUCAAAGAGUGUAAAAAUCAAAUUAGAAUGAGAGAUCGUGAGGCAGAGGCCACAACCAAAGAGAUCAACCAGCUCGAAAUGAGAAUCAAUGACCUCAUGGAUGAAAACGAUGAUUUCCGAGAAAAACUAGGUCUGGAACCAAAGCAGGAAGUGGAUCUGACAGAGUUCAGGCGAGUCAAAGAGCUCAGGCAGCGCCAGUACAAAGCAGAAAACCAAGUCCUUACCAAAGAGAUUGAACGGCUUGAAGAGGAAAGACUAGAGCUGAAGAAACAAAUCAGGCGCCUGGUGAAGGAAAGAGGGAACCCACAGUUGCUGCUGGAGGAAGACUUCAGGCCCAGCAGAACUGUGCCACUUGAACAAAGCCGCGCUUUUACGGAUGAUGCAGUCAGACGCACGAAUCAGUACCUAGAAAAAGAACUGAGCAAAAAGGAGAGGGAGCUGGAAGUUCAAAAGACCCAGUUUCAGGUCACAUUGGAAGAACUGUCCAAAGGGAAAAGAGAUCUGGAGACUGCACUGAGAGAUGCCCUUCAGGUUAUGAAGAUUAAUCAUGAUGUCACUUCAUCUGAUGCUGCCAUCAAUGUUUCCAAUCUGGAGAGGUUGGCUAAUGCUAUAGAUGUCAAAAACAUCAGUGGGCAGCCUGAGUCACCCCUACACCUCAUGUCCCAAAUACAUCAGCUGGUGGGGAGAAAUGAAGAGCUGAGGCAGGAACUGAAAUCAGCCCGCGAGGAAGCAACCAGCAGCUUCAGUCAACUUGCCAGAGCCAAAGAAAAGGUGAGCCAACUGGAGAGUGAAUUGGACGUGCUCAGGAAGUCUGGCAGCAGUGGAGUUGUUCUCCGACCUCUGACCCUUCCUGAGGGCCUGGGGCCCAGCGGCACUGAGGUCAUCAGCUCUCUAAAUGAGUACACUGUUCGACUUCUUCAGGAGCUCAAAAAUGAGGAGGAAAAAAGCAAGAAACUUGUAGGAACACUGGAGGACUACAAAGAGAAAUUUGCUGUUAUUAGCCACCAACAGGGGCUGCUCUACAAAGAAUACCUAAGCGAGAAGGCGAAUUGGCAAAAGGAGAAAGAGACAUUUACCGAGAUGAAGAACAAGCUGGAGGAGCAAAAGCAGGUGGAUGCUGUUAAAAUCCAAGAGUUCGAUGAGCUGCUGGACACCCUUCAGAAGAAUCCAGAGGAAGUCAGGAGGCAGUUGAGCGAAGCGUUGCGCAAGUUGACGGUGCUGAAAGUUAAUGAGAAGAAACUAACACUGCGCUACACCACCCUGUUGGAGCAGGAACAGCUCCUCCAAAAGGAGAACUGCAAGCUAAGAGAUGAGAGCAGCCAGAUGCAGUGCUCUGUCACCCAGAGGAUGGGCUACCUGCAGAGAUACAAGGAAAUGGCUGCAUACAAGACAGCAGCACUGCAGAAGGCCUUGGAUGAUAGUGUGCCAUCAUCAGACCUGGAAAAAGCUAACAAGCAGUACACAGAGCUAACAGUCAAAUACAGAGACAUGCUGCAGCGGGAUAGCCGCCUCGUACAGAGAACCACCAACCUUGAACAUUUGGAGAGUGAGAAUCACUCUCUCCGAGAGCAAAUCUCCACCAUAAAUAAAGAAUUGGAAAUCACAAAGGAGAAACUAAAUACUUUGGAACAAGCUUGGGAGAAUGUCACUUCAACUGGAGGUGAAAAUAGCAUGGAUAAGGCCAGCAAAGCAUUGGUGAACAGUGAGAUGGUAUCUACUGCCAAACGAAUCACCACUCUAGAGAUGAAGGAGCUGAAUGAGAGGCAGAGAGCUGAGCAUGCUCACAUAAUGUAUGAACACAUGAGGAACUCCCUCCAGCAGGUGGAAGAGCGCAACUUAGAACUGGAGUCCAAAUUUGCAGAAUUAACAAAGAUAAAUGUCGAGGCCCAGAGGGUGGAGCGCGAGCUGAGAGAUGAGCUGGCAAACAGCAUCAGCAAGACUGUGAGCGACACUGACAGAGCCAGGAUUGCAGAGUUGGAGAGGACUGAGGCCGAGCUUCACAUCGAGGUCUCUAGGCUUCAAGAGGUGUCUGAUGUGGCCAUGAUGCAGGCAUCUGCUCUACAGGCCAGACAACAGUCCAAAGAGAAGGAAGUAGAAGCUUUGAGGAGACAAAUACUGGACUACCAGUCGCAGUCCGAUGAGAAGGCCCUUAUUGCAAAGCUCCACCAGCACAUUGUGGCUCUGCAGCUCAGUGAGUCGACUGCUUUGGCUAAGAUGGAGGCUGCCACAUCACACAUCCAACAGCUGGAGGCCUACAGGCUGCGUGCUGAACAGCGGCUGGAUGCCAGUGAGCGCGCUCUGUUCCUCACUCGUCAGGAGGGCAGAAAUCGCUCCAAGCAUCUACGGCAGACCAUCCAGUCACUUCGUAGGCAGUUUGCUGGAGCGCUGCCACUUCAGCAGCAGGAAAAGUUCUCUCUGACUAUGAUGAGUCUCCAGGAGGACAGAGCAAAAGCCCAGGUGGAGAAGAGGAAGGCAGAGGAAGAGAGGAGAAGGGCAGAGGGCAGGGCAGAGGAGCUGGCUCUGAGACUGCAAGGACUGGAGGAGCUCAUCUCAACACUGAAGGAUGUGAAAGGCGCCCAAAAGGUAAUUGAGUGGCACAAGAAGAUGGAAGAAGCUCGUCUACAAGAGCUACGGAAAGGCAGGGAGCUGGUGGUCCAGAAGGAGGAGAUCAGGUACCUAAAAAACCUGGUGGAAGAGCAGGAGCGAACCAUCCGCUCGCUGGAGGAGGAUUUUGUGCAGCAAAACAUGCUUCAGGAAGAACGUCAGCUAGCAUGGGAUCAGCGAGAGGUGGAGCUGGAGCGCCAGCUGGACCAGUAUGAGAAGCACCAGAAUGAAAUUGUGACCAGUGCAGAAAAGUUUGAAGAAGGAACUGGCUCCCUACCAGACCCGAGUCUACCACUUGCUCAUCAGUUAGAGUUUGCUUUGGGUAAAAUCAGAGAGCAUGUCCGCACAAUUUUGGACACAAAGGCCACCUGUAAAAGUUUGGAUGAGAAGGUGAAAGAGAAAGAAGCAGCUCUGUGGAAGGCAGAACAGAACAUCGUGUCCAGGGACAAAGUGAUCAAUGAGCUGCGUCUUCGGCUCCCAGCGGCUGCUAACAGAGAACGCCUGCUAGCUGACCUUGCCAAGCAUGAAGAGGGCCAGUCAGACAGCCAGUCUGCCCUCAAGCUAGCUCACCAGACCAUCAAAGACCUCCAAGGUCGACUUGACAAAAAAGAAGACGUGCUAAAGAAAUACCAGAACCAGUUGUCUCAAGCCAGACAGGAUCAAGAGGAGAUGAUAAAGAGACACCAGCAGGAGCUGAGAAUGUUGUAUCAGAAGCUGGACUUGCACACUGAUGCCUCCCUGGACCACUUCAGACAGGCAGCAAUGGGACUAAUGAAGAAGUCCACGAUCAGAGUACCAACCUCCAAGCAUCUAGGCCGUGUGGCUGAGUUAGAGGAGACUGUGGCUGAACAGGACAUCUCACUGUCCUCCGUCACAGAGAAGCUAAAGCUGGCCACUGCUGAGCUGGAGCGACAGAGGAGCGCCAUGGAAACGCAGGCUAAGAAACAUGCAGACCAGAUAUCAAAGCUGGAAGAGUAUCAUGCUGCCCAGGUGAAGGCUUUGACUGGUGAGACUGAGGAUCAGAGGAACCAGAUGGUCCAGAUGGAGAAGGAGAUGAACUACCUACAAACAGAGCUGGAGGCCCAGAAGGUGGCCAACGUCCGCUCCCCCAGCAACACCAUGAAAAAUCUGCUGGAACGACUCAAAACACAGCUCACCCAGAAAGAGAAACAGCUCAAGGCUCUGAGUAAAGCUCUUCUGGAGCUGCGGGCUGAGAUGACAUCUGCUGCAGAGCAACAAGUCAUAGCUAGCACCGCACAAAAGGAAGAAAGCCUCAAUGUACAGAUGUUGGUUGACAGACACACUAAAGAGCUAAAGGUGCGGGUGCAAGGACUUAAUGAAGAACUUCAAGCUGCAAAAGAUUCUGUCAGAGCAGCCAGAGGGCGUGAGAACACCCUGAAAGAGGAAGUGGACAGCCUGAAACAGGAGCUCCAGAGGACUGAGAAAGCCCUGAAACGCUUGCAGGCUGAAAAGGAGGACAGGGAGCAUGAAAUCCAGGAGCUCAAGCAGCAAACCAAGAGGCUCAGCAGUGCCCUUCAGAAUCAAGCAGAAACGGAUGGAACAGCCCCAAGCAUUGAGAAUCUGCAGAAGAAGAUCAGGAGGCUGGAGUCUGAUUUAGAGAAAAGAGCAGAAGUGAGAAAUGUCAGAGAUGAUUACGGAAAGACUAAAGAGGAAGUCGUGCGGUGGGAGGAAGGUAAGAAAUGGCAGACCAGGAUGGAGAAGGUGAAGAAUUCACUGAAGGAUAAGGAACGAGAGAAUGAGUCCCUGUCGAAACAACUCAGCACUCUUAAAGAUCUCUACGGCAGACUGGAGCAAGACAAGAGUGCACUGCAGAAGAAGCUGAAGGCCCGAGGUGUGACUGCUGAUCAGGUGGUGGGGUUGCGAGCCACUGAAAUGGAGAAGGAACUGGAGGAGCUGAGGAAAAAGAACUCUGAUCUGGAGAUGCAGAUCCUCACCAUAAAACAGCACCAGGCUUUACCACGUGAUGACGCCAUGGAGAAUCUAACGCUGAGAAACCGCUACCUGGAGGAGCAAGUACACACCUUAGAGAGCCAAAUAUCAAAAGAGCCUCCGUCAAGACCCUCUACAUCGGGACAAGGUACUGGCACUCCUUCACAGAGAGAUCAGGACCUCCGAAAAGAAAACCUCAUGCUGGCCUCUGAGAACCUGGAGCUGCGCUUUCAGCUGGAGCAGACCAACAGAGACUUGCCAAGAGUCAAGAAUCAAGUUGCAGACCUUAACGAGAUGUGCAGGGCACUGAAAAUGGAAAAAGCAGAGGUGGAAAAAAAGCUGGCUCGUAUACGUGGAGCUGGUCACAGUGGUAAAACAGUGACUGAACUGGAGAAGACCAUUGGGCUGAUGAAGAAGGUGGUGGAGAGGGUGCAGAGGGAAAACGAGAUGCUAAAGAAAUCCAGUGCACCUGCAGCUCAAGACAAGGUCACUGCCUUGGAGCGAGAAAGCAAAAAACUAAAGGCUGACUAUGAGAAACUGAAGAGUGAAAGUGAAGCUGAGCUGAAUUCUAAACUUGAUUCUAAAAGUAAAGGACUGGAGAAAGUGGUGAUGGAAAAUGAACGCCUUCGCAAGGACAUUAAAAGGGAGAGAGAGGCUGCAGAGAGGCUGAGAGUGAUGAAAACCAGUCUGGAGGUGAACAACGAGAAGCUCGAGGCAGAGCUGGAAGAAACCAGGCAAAGGCUUCAGGCUGCUCUAUCAAAACCCAUCAUCGAGGGAGCAGACAGCAAGACCUGGAAGCCUUCUGUGACAACAAGGAUGUUUCAGAAGAAGAUGGCGGAGCUGGAGCUAGAGCUCUCCCAGAAGACCUCCAGCCUCUCUGAACUGAAACGGCAGCUGAAGGAGGUGAAUGAACGUGAGGAGAGAGCUCAGAUAAGCAUCAGGAAACUUGAAGACCAGGCUGUUUACAGCACUGACCUGAAACAAAGGCUCAGUGAACAACAUGGAGAGAAGUCCUCUCAAACAGACAACGGGAAGCUCAGAGCGCUUCUGCAGGCAGCCGAAGCUGAGAAAACCCAACUUCAAACUGAGGUUACAAAGCUGAAAAAAGAACUGGAGAACUUCGACCCAACAUUUUUUGAAGAGAUUGAGGACUUGAAAUAUAACUACAACUUAGAGGUCAAGAAGAACGUCCUGCUGGGGGAGCAGCUGAAGAAGCUGUGUGAUCAGUUUGGUGUAAGCGCUGAAAUGCCCAGUGUGUCCAUCAGUUAACUCCAGAUUAGGCCUUUUUAGUAGCAUUACUUUUACUGUACAUUGCAGUGCAUCCAAACCAUUUAGGUGAUUAUCAGUUUAACUUUCUAAGGCUGCUGUGCACAUUUGCUUUUCCAUUGAUUUAGAUUUAAACUCUUAUUUAGGCUGCUUGCGUCUGGACAGAGUUAAAAAUUCAGUGCAACUUAACAAACCAGCUUUGGCAUUGGCACAAGAGCCCUGGUAUCAUACCAGUACAACAUUGAAAUGUUCCAAACCAGUGUCCGGCUGGUCCAGUCACUGGAAAAUCAAAUUGAUCAUUUUCUAUAUUAAUAGUAUUCUAAACACACGGAGACUAAAACCAACAGUGCACUGUCUCAGGUUGAUAGCCUGUGUUAUCGACCUCCACUGUUCAAAAACGUGUCCCUAUUUGAAACUUUUGGGUCAACAUCCAGAACCACAUGCAGGUCUCGUUUCCUAAUGAAGAAACCUACAGCAGAGGCACAAACAAAUAAGAUAAUCUGGGUUGGAGACCGAUAGACAUGAACUGUAAGUAGAAGCUCUUCACUGCUGGCUUUAGUCUCUGUACUGGGUUAAUAUAAGUGACCAACUUUGUCCUUUAUCAUGUUGUAAUGCAGUUUUUUAAUCACAUUCCUAAAGCAAAUGAAGUGUCUUCUUUUAGAAUUGUUCUUCCAACAAGCAAACUGGUUAUGUAGCAUAGUUCUAAGAUUUUUAAAUAUUUAUACAGUUCUGACAGGGCACUUCUGUUAAUAAAACUUCUUAAAAAAACAAAACAAAAUCAGUUAGUUUACAUCACUUCAUUUAUUUAAUUAAAAUCUAUAACAUACAGUAUUUACAGUAUAUUCUUGGAACACUUAAGCAGUUUCAGCUGGUCAGGAUCACUUUUACAUUAACAUGACAGAAGAACAGUUUGUGUGUGGCUCCCCUAUUAUUUAUGGUCAAGUGCUAUUGACCACAACUGGCAGGAGAUCUACUGGAACUUAGUGUUGUACCCAAGAUGGCCAUGUUUAGCACGGAGCCACUGGUAAAUAGUACGCCCGCCACCCCUACAGACUCUGAUGCACAAGAUCUCGUCUUUCUGCUUUAGUGUUGAUACAUCUUAAAGUAUGGAAGUACAUCCCCAACAGACCACAUUUCAAACACUACUCAGUUUGCAUCUCAGCCAUUGAUGCUCACAGAUUUCUCCACUGGGGUUUGAGUGAGAUUCUCCAAAGGUUUUGAAAGUGCACACACCAGAGCAAUUUGUAAGAAUGUGUUUUGUGUGUGCACAUUCUAAACUUUUGGCACCGACAGACAUUCACUCAAAACUCAGUGCAGAAAUCUGUGAGGAUGUUUUGGUGGGGAUUUACUUCCAUAGUAGCUGUCCACAGGCUUUAAUAGAAUCCACUGCUCCUGUUUGGUUACUUCCUGAUGAAGACCUUCAGCUAAUUUUGUAACAGGAAAGCUGUAGUUCUGCACAGAGCACAAUGCAUCACACUGAAAACCACGCCCACUGGGGAAGACCACAACUCACUUUCCACUGACUUUGUAUUGAGUGAAAGCGCCUAACAUUUUGGUCUUUUUACAAAAAAAAAAAAAAAAA